AUGAUUUCCAAGACGACUUUUGCCGUGCUCUUUGCAGCCCUUGCUGCUGCUGGCCCCAUCCAAUUCCGAGAGGUGGCCUCUCUGGACCCAGCUGCUACCGCUGAGGCCCAUCCCAGGGACGACACUGCCACCCGUGCCUUUUCCAAUGUCCAGAUCAAGACCUCUGAUGGCAAGUGUCUGAGCGUCGACCCCCUCUCUGGAGAUUUCCGAGCCAACUUGACGCCCAUCCAAAUCACCGACUGUGGCAGCAACGAUGCCCAGGGCUGGGACGUCAUCACCUCUGGCGUCCACAACGACCAAAAGGGCGAGGCCCUGAUCGUGAGCACCAAGACGCAGGCCUGCUUCAACUUUGACCCUCGACGUGCGGCCGGAAACCAGGUCCUGCUCUUCUCGUGCGGUGGACGAGCUGAUGGCAGCGGACAAGUGACCAACUCUCAGCUCUUUGCCUUUACCGGAGGCAAUGGCCCGCUGAGCUUCGCCCCUGGCAACGAUCCCACAAAGUGCUUUGCUGCCAAGGGCAAUGUGAUUGACAUUGCCGACUGCAAUGCCAACGAUGCUACCCAGAAGUUUACUUUUGGUGGUGCUGCUGCUGGAGGCUCUGGCAAUGACAGCAACAACAGCUCUGCCGCCGCCAGCUCAGCUGCUGCCACCUCUGAGGCUGCUGCCUCUUCCACCUCGGCUGCUGCUGCUGCUGCUACUACUUCUGCUUCUGCUGCUGCCACCAGUGACGCAGUUGUUGUCAACCCAGGCGACGGCAGCUCCCAGACGACCGCCGCUCCUCCUCCUCCCGUCAUCACCGGAAACCCAACGACCCCCGUGCCCGUCUCGGGAGCUGGAGGCACCCUGAACCCUUCUGCCGUGGCCGAGGCCCAGGCGUUUGAUGCCAGCGCUGUUCGACCCCUGGAGAGUGUCAACAUCCGAGCCGCCGAUGGACGCUGCUUCUUCGUCAACCCCACGGCCGGUGAUUUCCGUGAGAACCUGAUCCCCGUUGGACUGGCCACCUGCAGCGAAGACGCCAGCCAGAAAUUUGACGUUGUCACCAAGGGAGUCCACGACGAUGCUCAGGCUGGCGAGGCGCUGCUUGUCAGCGUGCUCACCAACGGCUGCAUCAACUUUGAUGGCCGCAGAGCCGCCAACGACCAGGUCAUCAUGUUCUCUUGCGGUGGACGCGCCGACGGAAGUGGCAAAACCGCGACUUCGCAGCUGUUCCCCUUCAAGGCGGGCGACAACAACAUCGUCCUUACUCCCGCCUCAGCCACCAACACGACUUGUUUGGUUGCUGGCGCUGACCGGGUGGAGUCUGCGCAGUGCAGUGGCCAGAAGGAUCAGACCUUUGAACUGGUGGAGAUUCUGUAA